AUGUCUAUUGAGACAGAACUCAAAGUGAAGGAAGAAAUUAAGCGAUUGCUGAAAGCGGGAUUCAUCAGGCCAGCCCGAUACGUCGAAUGGCUGGCUAAUAUAGUCCCCAUUUUGAAGAAAGUCACUAAAGUAGUAAGGGUUUGUGUAGACUCUAGAAACCUCAAUGAAGCUACCCCAAAAGAUGAAUACCCAAUGCCAACAGCAGACGUGCUUAUUGAUGGUGCAGCACAUAACAGGAUCUUGUCUUUUAUGGAUGGUAAUGCGGGAUACAAUCAGAUCAUGGUCGCUGAAGCAGAUGUUCACAAAACUGCAUUCAGAUGCCCGGGGGCAGUAGGAGCCUAUGAGUACGUCGUCAUGCCUUUCGGAUUAAAGAAUGCAGGAGCUACCUACCAAAGGGCAAUGAAUGCUAUCUUUCAUGACAUGAUCGGACACACUCUAGAGGUAUACAUCGACGAUGUGGUCAUCAAAUCUCUUGAAAAAGAAGCACAUAUCGAAGAUUCACGCAAGGCAUUCAUCAAAAUGCGGCAACAUCAGCUGAAGAUGAAUCCAAAGAAAUGUGCAUUCGGUGUCCAAGCAGGGAAUUUUUUGGGAUUUUUGGUACAUCAUAGAGGCAUUGAAGUCGACAAAAACAAGGCCAAGACAAUUAUCGACGCCCCGAUACCUUGUAAUAAAAAUGAGCUACAAAGCCUUCUCGGGAAAAUAAAUUUCCUAAGAAGAUUUAUAGCCAAUUCAGCAGGAAAAGACAAUGAUGAGGGCAAGGAGCAAGCUGUAUUUUAUUUAAGUCGAGUUUUGCAAGAUGUGGAAACUCGUUAUUCAGCUAUUGAAAAACUUUGCCUUGCUUUUUAUUUCACAGCAGUAAAACUUCGUCAUUACAUGCUUCCUUUUACUGUUCAUAUCAUAGCAAAGACAGAUCUCAUUAAAUAUAUGCUUAACCGGCCCGUGCUUAGGGGACGAUUAGGAAAAUGGAUCUUGGCUUUGUCCGAAUUCAGUUUUAGGUAUGUCCCUCAAAAAGCAGUUAAAGGACAAGCCAUUGCAGACUUUCUAGCUGCCCACCCUUGUGUGGAAAUCGAAGAUUUAAGCACCUUGGAAAUUGCCAAUAUAGGUUUUUUGCCAGAGCAAAGAGCGCCAAAGUUCGAAUUCAAAAGCUUUCUCGGUAAUCUACCAAACAAACAAGGCCAGGUCCAAAUUUCCGUCAAAACAGUACAAAUCAAACCAUGGAAGCUGUACUUUGAUGGAUCCAAGACAAAUUUCAUCGCCAGAGCAGGCAUUGUCUUGGAAGAACCAUUCGGAACCAAAUACGCCUAUUCUUUCCAGCUUGAUUUUCAUAGUACUAACAAUAGGGCUGAGUACGAAGCUCUAAUUAUUGGCCUAGAAAUGGCAUUAGAAUUGGGGGGUAAAGCAUUUAGAAGUGUUCGGAGAUUCUCAAUUAAUAAUUAG